CUCCACGGGGAGGGACAGAGCGGGGAUGAAGACUAGAAGGUUUUAAACAGCAGCCUGCCGGGAGAGAGACGCCGGGAAUGUAUCCUGGGUGCUGGAAUACUGCGGGGAGAAGCAGCCGCCGCCCGCACGGGGGAGGAUAGCAGCCUGCGAGGGGGAGGAGGACAGGAGCAGCCUGCAGAGAGACCAUACAUUGCCCCGGCUGCUGACAGAUCCCCGCACACUGCUGUCAAUAUGGGGGAUACAAACCUGGAUGCUGCCUGGGAUUAUUCCAAAGCGCCCAACAAGCGCCGCUGCCCUAUUCUGCCAUGGACAGUGAAAUUGUGAUCAUCCGUUUGUUGAACGUGCGUUGCAAUUGGCAGCCAGCAUGCUCCAAAAACUGGUCCUCGUCUACAGUGUACCUCUGGCCCUUAUUCUAUUAAUCUGCAUAGCAUCUAUGGAUGCACAGUCCCCACCAGGACAGCCGGAAGUGACCAAGUGCCGGUCUUACGAACAGGAAACAUUCACUUGCUGGUGGGAGCCGGGAUCUGAUGGUGGGCUUCCAACCAACUACAGUCUGAUAUAUUGGACAGAAAAGAAUAACACACAUACGGAGUGUCCUGAUUAUCAAACCUCUGGUCCCCACUCCUGUUACUUUGAUAAAGCUCAUUCUUCCAUCUGGGUGUACUAUUUUGUCUAUGUGAAGGCAACAAAUGCACUUGGGUCGAAUAUCUCUGACACCUUGCAGUUUGAAGUAGUUCACAUACUGGAACCGUAUCCUCCAAGAAAUCUCACCCUUGCUUAUGAGAGCAACAAAACCACUUUACCCUAUUUGUUGGUGAAAUGGAUCCCACCUCAGAAAGCCGAUGUUAAAAUAGGCUGGGUGACACUGAAGUAUGAGGUGCGACUGAAAGAUGAGAAGAAGCAGGAAUGGGAGAGCCAUGUUGUUGGGCAGCAAACCUAUUUGAAGGUGUUUAGCCCAGCACCCGGCGAGAACUAUGUGGUCCAAGUGCGUUGCAAAGCCGACACUGGGCUUUGGAGUCAGUGGAGUGAGGAGAGCUAUAUCCCAAUCCCUGGAGAUGUGAAGAAACGAGAUCUCACCCUCUGGAUAUCCAUUGCUGUCCUGUCCGUCAUUAUUUGUUUGACUAUGAUUUGGACAAUGGCGCUAAAAGGUUGCAGUUGGGUAUCCUGUAUAUGUCCUCCCGUUCCUGGACCAAAAAUUAUGGGAUUUGAUACCCAGCUCCUCAAGAGUGGAAAAUCUGAAGACUUUUUGAGUGCUCUGGGCUGCCAGGGAUUUCCUCCCACCUCCGACUGUGAAGAUCUUCUGGUGGAAUUCUUAGAGGUGGAUGACAGUAAGGAGCAACUAAUACCUACUCCGGAAAGAGAACCGCAAGGCCAACCGGCAAAAGUCCCCCCUGUGGACACAGACAAUGACUCUGGCCGAGGGAGUUGCGACAGUCCCUUUGCUCCGUCUGAGGGGAGUAAAGACCAAAGAGUCCUUUCACAGGGUUUUGAAAAUGUAGGGAAUGGUGGUCAUGAACAUCCUGCAACUAAAUGUCCUUGGCCAGUCCAGAACGAAGGGAUGGCCACCACGUUUUCAAAUUUCGGUGACCAGUCUUAUAUUUGGUCUGAUGGCAGAGCAUCUGGUAAUCAGUGUCCAAAGUCAUCCUACCAUAAUCUUACCGAUGUUUGCAAGAUGGCUCUUGGUGCCAUGAGUGCCAAUAUGUCAGCAUUUUUGAUGCCAAAUGAAGAGAAGAGCCAACCAAGAUAUUUUCGAACUGUAGAGAAUAUUGAAGAGGGGAACCUAAACAAACAGAGUGACUUGGGAGAUUUGCAUUCCAAAGGUGUUGACAUUGACACGCUACACUUGUUACUUAAUAAGAAGACUUCUUUCAUGCCUCCUCGAACAAUGGAUUAUGUGGAAGUACAUAAAGUUAACCAAAAUAAUGCACUAGCAUUAUUACCAAAACACAAAGAAAAUGUCAUCACAACGGACCAAUAUUCAGUUCUUGUUCCAAACCGGGAAUAUUCAAAAGUGGAAAGGGUGGACGGUGACAAUGUCUUAGUUUUAAUGCAAAAUUUAGAAGCUCAAGUGAGCCCUGUGAGUAGUGAUGCUAUGAAGGAGUUCUUUCAAAAGUCUCAGCAAAACCAAGCCGAAAAGCUUGUAGGCUUCAACAAGCCUGUUCGAACAGUAGGUGAAAUUCAGACUGCUGGUAUGGGUUAUAUGGAUCCCUCAAGUUUUUUCCCUUGAUCCUGUUUAAAGGGUGUCUGUCUUUUGCAUACGAUGGAGGCAGCCAUUUUGAGGCCUGAACCAAUAAUACCAAACCAUUCACUAGGAACUGUGUUGAUGUCGCUGAGGCACCUUUUAUACUUCAUGGUUCAUUAGUGUCCUUAUCCUGUAGGGACUUGAUUUAUUGUAAAUCGUGAUUCAAAAUGGCUGCCACCUGGGAGUAGAUUUAAUUUUUUUUCUUAUUUGCAUGGUUGAAUUAUCAGGUAAAUUUGCACAGUAUGAAAAAUCCAGGUUUGAAUGUGUAGAAAAUGUUAAAAUGUUUUGCCUGCUUAGACCAUCAAGUUUCUAUUUCACUUUAGUCCAAGGCAGAACAAAUUUACUUUACAGGAGGAUAUUUUAGUUUUAUUUAAAAAAUUUUAACUACCUUGUACUUUUGUCACUUUAUAUUCCGCAGAAUACACACUAAUAGGUUUAUUUUCAUUACCCAGAGUAUGCAGAGCAGCUGCAUCCAAUGAUAUAUUUGCUUUCCUUAGUUUUUCUUGCAGUAGACUGUUGAAAGUUCUUACCUGAUUGGUUGUUUUCAUCUUAUGAUUCAUCACGUGAUUGUGGCAUUUGUAUAGUGCUUUCAAAUGAGCCAUUAAUGGAAAACAAGAUGUUGGAAAAAGGGAUAGUUGAUGUCACUGAAAAUUUACUUCAAGCUAAGGAUGAAUCUUUGUAUAAUAUGAUGCAGAGUCGUACAAUAUGGAAAUACUCAGACUGUAGCCAUAUUACUGGGUACCAAGUGCUAUAGCGUUUGGUUGUUUCUGGGUUUUUCUUCCUUUUUAGGUUCUAACUCAACACAUUGAAAUAGCUCACAUAGGGAUGCAUGCACAGAUUAUUUUUUAAAAUGUGUAAAAAGAGAGAUAUAUAUAUAUAUAUAUAUAUA